AUCUUUUUCACCAUUUUAACCUCACUUGUAAUCAUUUUCAUUUUAUUUUCAUAUAUUUUUUUGUUACUUUUUUGCCUUUGUCUUAAUCGUUAUACUCAAAGUGUUUACUUUUAUGUUUACCUAUUGUUAAACGCUAUUCUGAUGGCAUCCAUUUCAGUUCCUAGCAUUUAAAUAAUGAAUUACACCUUUUGAACUUUCCAAGCAAUAUCUUCUGCUAAUUGAAAUUGUGAUUCUAGUUUUAAACUUGAACAAGACGUGUUUUUAAUACUGUUUUCUGGAUCCAUAAUCAAUGAAAACCUAUGCUUCCUUUGUUUCAAUCUAAACAAUCUUAUUUCUGCCUUUUGUUUACAUUCUUUUUCUAUCUUAUGACUACUUUUACUGUUCAUCAACAUCACCAUAAUCAUCAAAUUAAUGUACUGUCGGUGGAGAAACGAUUCCCCACACUUUAACAAAUGAGAAUAUCAUCAAAGGAGAGAAGGUUUAUAUUAAGUGUAAUAAUUUCUAGUUGUAUUCUUGAUUUGUUUGAUUUAAUCGCUCAAUGGAAUCACUCAUGUCGUCAUCCAUCACCACCUAUCCUUCACCAUUAUCAUCAUUAUUCCCAUCGUCAUUUUCAUCAUGUUCACAAGUCAUUACAGCCUCACCAUCUAAUCCACUAUCAAGACCAACAUCAAUUUCAUCAGUUGUCAGUUUUCGGAGGUGUCAAUGGACUGGUAUUAAAUUACAACACAGGAAAUCCUUCCGGCGACGAUGUUCGACCCUCUCCUCACCACACUUCAUCUGAUUCUUGGGUGUCUGAGGAGUUAUGGCCAAAAGAGAAAUCAAUUAUUCAUAUUAAAUUAAUUAAACCAGUUCCUAAAGAAAUAUCAAUCCGUGAAUCACGGGAUAAAGAUUAUUAUUUGACUGACACAAGUUUAGAUUUUGAUUCACCUUAUCGUACCCUGUUUCAAAACAAUUGUGCCAUUUCAUUUAAAUCCUAUUAUGAUGGUUUUACAUCUGAACCAAAUAACCAGGAGAUUAGUCGAGAAGUUUCCAGUAUUCAAGUUCAAAUAACAGGUGGUAUCGACUGCAAAGAGUUACCCUUGUCUCUGUUAACCCCUUUUGCAGCCAACUUGACACAUCUUGUUGUCAAAGAUACUGGAAUUACUAAUUUAACCAAAUUUUUGUUCGGUGCAUAUCGUCUGGACAAACUUAUUAGACUUGAUUUGAUCAGUAAUAGUCAAUUGGUAUCUCUUCAGUCUCGUGCUUUUGAUGGACUAACAAGACUUUCUUAUUUAAGUUUAAUCAAUAACAAUCUUCUAACGGAAAUAUCACUGGAAUCAUUUGCAGGUCUUAAAAGUCUUGAAGAGCUUAUUUUUCUUGGUAAUGGUCCAUUUUGGGAUCAAAGUUAUUUUCUUUCAAUCCUAAGAGCAUCUUCAGAUAAAAUUUUGCCCAAUUUGAUUCAUCUUCAUUUAUGCGGAGCCAAAGUUGUUGACGUUAAUAAUACAAAUAUCAACCCUAGCGAUGUAAACAAUCUAGAGAAAAUUGAAUAUAUUUAUAAUGAAAUGUCCACCAACCAUUCAGUUCCAAUCGAUGGCCACAAAAGCAAUGACGAUGCAGUGAAAUCACGUUCUGUGUUACUAUCUGUGUUAAGAUCAUCGGAUAGUGAAGCUGCUCAAGAAAAUGGCCCCACUUCUGUUAACAAACCUGGAGUCGUUAUUAAUUGGAAGAGGAACAAUAAUCACAAAAGUGGCCUUAAGAUAAACAAGGACGACUUUCAGGCAUUAACUCAAGUUAAAUAUCUUCAAUUGAGUGACUGUGAUAUAACUUACAUCCACCCCUUAGCUUUAGCACCUCUCGCAAGAAAUAUUAUUAGUUUAAAUUUGGCUGGUAAUCCCAAACUUCGUAUACACAAUUUAAAGUCAAUUUUAUCACCUUUUUAUGUUUCAAAUAUGAAACAGCUUCAACUUGAGGUUGAACAAUCAAUGGCCAACUCAUCCUUUUCUCAUUCCCUUACCAGUCCAACAAAUAUUGGCCUUAACAUGCUAGAUCUUUCCAACUCUUUAAGUACCUCAUUUGUCCCAAAGGAUUUACUUACAGUCAUCAGUAAAACAACAAUAACUGAACUUUACAUGGCCAAUGUUCCCUGGAAAGUGCUGAGGGAAGGUGACAUACCACCAAUGCCUAAUCUCAAAGUGUUGCACAUUGAUUCCAGUCAAAUUGAAACCGUUGAUGAAAAAGCUUUCGAUGGCUUAGAGGAUUUAAGAAAAUUGAGUUUAAGAGGAAAUUUAAUUCAAGAAAUACCACUUUACCUACUGGAACCUUUUCGAGAACUUGAAUAUCUUGACCUGUCUGGGUAUCAGGUUAAAUUUGAUGAUGGCAAUCGUGUUAUUGAUGGCAAAGAUAAUAAUCAGAACGAAAUCGCUCGAUAUACUCCAUUAAACAUUCCAAGAAAAGCUUUUGUACAUCGUACUCAUUUAAAGGAACUCAAUUUAAGUUACAAAAAUUUAACUCAAUUACCUCGUUACUUGUUUAUGGGAUUAUUCAAGAUGGAGAAACUUCAUCUGCGAGGAUGUAACCUUCAAAGUAUCGAAUAUUUAACAUUCUUUCCGUUAAAAUCAAUAAUCUACAUUGAUUUGAGUGAAAAUCCUCAGCUAAUAAGUAAUGUGAGAACAUCUGAAGAAGAUACAUUUGUUGGCCUGGAAGCCAUUGAAAUGAUUCGUUUAAGUAAUUGUAAUUUAACCUCCGAUGAUAUUAACGAUUUCAACAUUUGGCGUCGAAUGCAUGAACACGUUCAAAUGUUGGAUUUAUCACACAACUCAAUCGAUUUGAUCAACAGUACAACGUUACAAAAUUUUGCUGAACUCAGACACAUUAACUUGUCUCACAAUAAAAUCAAAAGUUGGCACAAUUAUACUAUUUUUGGUAAAAAUAGUUUCAUCACUACCUUGGACAUAUCGGCUAACCAAAUAACUCAUAUAACAGCUGAAAUGUUGGGUGAUUUUCGUAAUUUGAAAAAUUUAUCUUUUGCCUUUAAUCCAUUGCAAUGUGAAUGUGACUGGGAUGGACCCUUGUUAUUGUUGGACCAAAAGCAAAAAAGAUUGAACCAUGUUCACCACGCCAAGAUUCAAGAUCACAUUCAACAAUUGGUUCAUCGACAACAAGAGAUUGUUUCAACAGCCUUUGCGUCCUCCCAAGCUCCACCAAAAAGCAUUAUUGAAUGGUUAAAUACAACAAGUAUCCAUUUUCUUCAUGAUCAUCAUCCCCUCCGAUCAAAUAGACAUUACUUUUGCCAAUCUAAAUCCCCUCUUGAACCACCGAUUGUUUUUAAAAAAUUUUUCUACCAUGAUUGCCCUUCCAUGUCUUCCUCACGAAGUAGUGCCCGCGUCUCUGUGGGCAUCUUAAUGGUCACCGUGUCUGCAGCUCUUCUUUUGGCUGUCUUCUUUCUCAUAAUAGCUUUCAUUUACAAUUCAACUAUACGCAAUUUGUUAUCAAUGGUUGAUGAUGAUUUUCUUCAUAGCUAUCAAUACGAUGCUUUUGUUUGCUACAAUGUAAAUGACUCUGAUUGGGUUUUCAACGUUCUGGUUCCCAGUUUAGAGGAGCUACCAUAUGAUGAACAUUUUGACAGCAGCCAUUCAUCUGUUAAAUUCAACCAAUCUUCAUCAACAACAAUCACAUCAACAACUCUACCAUCAACUGAUCAUCCAGCUAAAAGUCAUGUAAAGUUGUGUGUUUAUGAUCGAGAUUUUAUCGCUGGUAGACCAAUUAGUGAAUGCAUUACUGAAUCAAUACGUAACAGCCGUAAAGUAAUUCUUAUCAUCUCCAAUAAUUUUGCUCAAAGUCCUUGGUGCCGAUUUGAGACUGACCUUGCCCACAACACUCUAUUAGAUCAAAAUCGUGAAGGUCUGAUUCUAAUCAAAUUAGAAGAGAUGAGCAGUGAAGUGUUGGAAAAAGUUGCCCCUCAACUUCAUUUUCUUCUCAAGACUCGUAUUUAUCUCUCCUGGUCCGAUGAUUCCAGUGAACAGGAGAUAUUCUGGAAAAAAUUACGACGAGCAUUAGGAUUCAACAAAUCUUAUGGGACAGUGAAACAAUAUUACAGAAGCUAUGUUGGUGGAUUAACCAAAGAUCGGCGACCUCCUGGCUUUGAGUCAACUCAAACUCCUAAAAUAGUUAAUACCAAUCAAACUGGUAAUCAUAAAGAAGAGGUUUAUGUCUCUUUUACACGGAAAACAUUAUCAGCCUCUCGAGACAUAAAUGAUCUCGAUGAAAUAACUGUAAAUGAUCAUGAUAGUGGCAUUGCUGUUGUCGAUGAUAGUGGCUGUGUAUCUGUUAAUGGCGAUGAUACCAGUGAUGAUGUUUUAGAGUUUAUUGUUGACCAAAGAAAUGCCGCAGAGGAUAAUAAUACUGUCCAUCUCAAGGAUAACGAGCAGAACAACUUAGAUCAAGAGACUAAGAGAAGGCACGAAACGAAAGAUAAAUCAGGAAAGAUUCAAUCAUUGAAUGUUGUUGUUGAUAAAGAAAGUGAAGAGUUGCGAGUAGAACGAUUUGUUUCUCUUGAAAUGGACUCUUAGUUGCUAAUAAUUUUUAAUUUCCUAAGAGAUUAAAGAGAAGGAAAGAAAAAUUAAAGAAACAAGAAUAUGAUCAAGAAAAGCUAUUAUUAUUUUUAUACUCAUCAAAUUUCAAGGAUAAAAUGGAAAUUAUUUUUUCUUUUUCGCUUAAAAAUUAUUCCUUUAAAGAGAGAGAGAAAGUAAUAAAAGAAAAGAAUCCCUGAUGAUAUUUCCAUGAAGCUUUCAAGCUUUAUAAUUAUGAUAGUAAACUCCGGUGAUGCUAAUUAUCCUUAUGAUUAGCAAGAUGAUGCCAAUCUUUGUCCAUCUUUUGAUUGAUUGGCCAAACAUUGAAUUGAACAAAAACCUGUUGAACAAAAAAUAUAAUUAAUGAUUCACCCUCAUUUGAGGCUUUAAUGCCCCUUGUAUGUUUAAAAUCAUUUGUAGAUAUAAAAGAAUCACAAUUUUAAAUUUUGUAUUCAAAAUAAAUUAAAACCAAUUUUUACCUUUUAA